AUGUCGAAAGAGUUUUCGUUCGAGGAACUAUCGGCGAAGAAGUCCAAGGAUGAUCUGCAUCUGCUCAUCCACGGCAAAGUCUAUUCGGUCGCCAAGUUCCUAGACGAGCAUCCAGGCGGUGACGAAGUCCUCUUAGGCGAAGGCGGCAGAGAUGCUACCGAGGCUUUUGAAGAUGUUGGCCAUUCUGACGAGGCGAGAAAGCUGCUCGAGGACUUUGUCGUAGGCACCUGCAAGGAGGGCGCAGCAGAGGGACCGGCAUCACCAAAGGCGUCCGCAAAGUCUGCGGGCGGUACCAUGCCAACACCAGAGGGUUUCACCUACCUCAUUCCUCUGGGCUUCCUCUUCGCUUACCUUGCCUGGCGGUUCACAUUGGCUUAG